GACCACCCGACCCACCCCCACCAUGUCCUCCACCCUGGUGCUCACCGUUUACAUCCUCACCUUCACCAUCGGCUUCCCGGCCAACAUCUUCACCUUGACCGUCCUGGCCACCAAAUGCGGCCGCUCCAACCCGUCCUUGACCUCCUGCGACCUCCUGCUCCUCAACCUGACCUUCUCCGACCUCCUCCUCCUCCUCUUCCUCCCUCUCAAGAUGGCCGAGGCGGCGGCCGGAAUGGUUUGGCCGUUGCCGGACCUUUGGUGUCCGGUGGCGAAUUUCUGUUUCUACUCCAGCAUGUAUCUCAGCGGGCUUUUCCUGGCGGCCCUGAGCGUCAGGAGAUACCUGGGCGUGGUCUUCCCCCUCAGGUUCAGGGAGCGGAGGAGACCCGGCCGGGUCCUGGCGGUCAGCGCCGUCAUCUGGUUGGUGGCCUGCGGUCAUUGCUCCGUGGUGUUCGUGGCCGAGUUGGGUGGGAGAGGGGAUGUCGGGGACGUCGCUGACAUCGGUGGCCCCGGUGACCCCAAGGUUGACCCC